AUGGCCGACAGCGGCGGGAGAGGUUGGCUUUGGUCCCCGCGGACAGGGGAAUGUCAAGACAUCAGGGCCGCGUCUGUCGACAGCUUCCGGAGGCCGGCGCCCUAUGCAGACCUGUUCGACCCCAGCGUCGACAAGGCAAGUUUACGCUCGCCCCGGGGUGUUCGCCGUGCAGCAGAGGCUCAGCGCAUGACGACGCCCUCUGCAUCCCGCUUGAAGCGUGCUGAGACUGAUCGGGUGAGUUCGAGGCGCGUGCGGACCGAGUCUCGGGAGCCGGCGGGCGACAAGGGCCUUGCAGCGCCUGAGAAGGAGGCCUCACCACGGAGCCCGGAAGAGCAGCGAGACGGGUCGUUGUCACCGCUCUCCAGUGUCCACCGCGCCCGGGCGUGCUCGAUCAAGGGGCACCACUACAAGAACCGCUCCUUGGCGAGCGCCGGUCUUUGGCGAGACAUGCCCGUCUUCACGCCAUGGGGUUGCCUCGAGAGCUUGCAUCAGCCAAGUCUGAGUUGCGCAACUGCCAGGGUAGCUCGGACGACGUCCCGAUCCGAAACGCCAGGACGGCAGCCCACCUCGCCAUAUGCCGAGCGGGAGCCGCGCGAUGCAGAGAUGAGUCCGAGGACACCGAGGCCGGGCUCAGCUCGUGCACACUACCAAGCUGCCAUGAGUGGCGCAAGUCCCAUUGUGGGAAAGACCUGGGGCACAGAGCCUUCGGAGACCCGAGCUGGCUCUCGGCCUUCUUCUUGCGUGCGCGCCUCCCCCACUUCUUCUGCCGACGGGCUCAGCCGCCUCCAUAGCAGCCUGACGAGGCAGCUCGCGGAAACGAGCCCAUGGCAUGUGGAGGCCGCCGCGGUGGCCAAGAGCCCACGAUCUCCCGUGGAGUCGAUGCUCUCGGUGGAGAACGGCCUGCCGGCAGGCAUGAGUACGAAGCACGGAGCCGUUGCUGCUGCUUUGGAUCGUGUUGCCCUGGAGGCGGCUGGGUGCGCCGCGCCCAUGGAAAAGCUGAAGGUUGGGACCCGGCUUUCGGAUAAUUGCUUGCGCAAGAUCGAGGGGGCCUGUGGGACCCCGCGGCACUUCGCUCCGCCUUCGCGGAGCCGGAACGAGCCUGAGGAGAAGAAGCCCGUCAUGAAAUGGCGGCCGAAAGUAACGAACGGUGGCGUACCCGGUUUGGAGCUGGCCGGUGCCCGGCGGGCCCGUGCCGCCUGCGCCCGCUCGGGGUUCAACGGCUUGCCCAAAGCGCCGCCGCGGUGGCAGUUCUGA